AUGGCCAUCAGGUUGUACAAUUCGUGGAGCGUAUAUGCUGUGGUGUUGAUUAUACAUGCUGUGGGGUUGUUGAUAUUUCUCAGAGGCUUCUUCCCUUCGAAAGUCGUUCUUCCGGGGUUCAGUGAGUUUGAGUCAACAUCGCCAUUUUUGGAGCACGGAGAUGCCCAAUUUGACAAGUUCGUAUUGAUGGUGGUAGAUGCUAUGAGGUCUGACUUUAUGUACUCGGAAUCUCGCUCAAAUAUGCCCUUUUUGCAUCAUUUAAUUUUGACUGAUAAUGCUGUUCCCUUUACUGCAUUUUCCAACCCACCAACGGUUACAUUGCCUCGCUUAAAGGGUAUAACUACGGGUGGUGCACCAAGCUUCUUGGAUGCAAUUUUAAAUGUAGCUGACGAUAACGAUCAAUCCCAAGGUUUGACAAAUCAAGAUUCUUGGAUAUCUCAGUUCAGUCAGAAUAAAACUCGAAGGAUAGAUUUCUUUGGUGAUGACACUUGGUUGAAAUUAUUUCCGCCAGAGGAUUUUUUCGAGAAAUUUGAUGGAACGAAUUCAUUCUUCGUAAGUGACUUCACGGAGGUUGAUAAUAACGUGACAAGGCACUUGGAAAGCGAGUUAAAUUCACCUGAUUGGGACGGACUUAUAUUGCAUUAUUUAGGUUUGGAUCAUAUCGGCCAUAAAGGUGGUCCAGAUUCGGUCUUUAUGAACCCAAAACAAAAGGAGAUGGAUGAUGUUAUUGAGCGGCUUUAUAAAUACACGUCUAAAUCAAAUACUCUUUUGGUUGUCAUGGGAGACCAUGGAAUGAAUGAAAUUGGUAACCAUGGUGGCUCCAGUAAAGGUGAAACCAGUUCUGGUUUGGUGUUUAUCUCUCCAAAAUUUCAGAAACUAAAUAAAGGUCUAAGAGCCCCCGUUGAAUCGUCUGAAGACUAUUUGUACUUUCGGCCAGUCAACCAAAUUGAUAUCGUUCCUACGUUGGCUGCCAUGUUAAAUUUUCCCAUUCCAAAAAAUAACUUGGGAAUUUUUCUUGACGAAUUUUUGGACUUAUGGCUGUCGCCCUAUUCGAAGGUUAAUAUAUUGAGACAAAAUUGUGCCCAAUUUGUGAAUCUUCUCAAGGUAAACUUCGGCACAAAUAAUGAAGUCCUUAGAAAGUGGUCACAUUUAUCAGGCGAGAAUGACAAGGCAUUAUAUUACGAAUUUUUAUCUGAAGCUCAAAGUUUGCUAACAUCAACUGCUACCAACUACGAUUAUCGGGAUAUUUUUACGGGCUUUUCGCUUGUAUUUUUGUCAAGUCUUGUGGCAUUAGGGUUGUUUUGCUAUUACUUUUUUUGGGUGUCCAAAUGUUCUUAUGAAAUAGUUGUAUUUUCACUUGCAUCUUUUGUCUUGUAUGCGGUUCAUUUUCACGGAUCAUCUUUGAUUGAAGAGGAACAUCAAAUAUGGUGGUUCUUUGCAAUAGUGGGCUUGAUACAUUUCUCAUUUUUUCUAAAGCUUAAAAGCAAAAGGCAUAUAUUUUUAAUCUUGGCUUGUUUUAGAUUGAUAAGAGCAUGGUGUAACGGUGGCCAAAAGUAUACUUCACUGUUCACUAUAUCGUCUUAUCUAUUAUCGCAUCCAAGUUUACUUUGGACUUUGAAUAUUUUCACAUAUUUUUUGUACGCAACAUUAAUUUACGGUCAAGGUGGGAUAGUGAACUGUUUAGGAUAUGCAGAUAGUGUUUCUUUUGACUUCAAAGACACGGGAAAUCUUUUUGGCUUCAUACUUGCAUUUGUUGUGUCUUCUAUUGCAUUCCUGUUUAAACUAAGUCAAUACUAUAAUGAUGGGAAUGAUAUACCAAAGGGGUUAAAUUGGUUGUUUCUUUGGAUAUCGGACUCCUUUGGCGUAACAGACGGUAUAAAUGAUAAAAAUGAGAUUCAAGAGAUGAACAUUCUGCUAUCACAAUUGAUUUAUAUUUGCAUCGUCUUUCUCCUUGGGCUGAGAAUUGUCCUCGGAGCCAUUCGCAAAGUAAGGCAUGGAUUUUUUACAGAUGUGACCAAUAUUUGUACAUUAUUGUUGAUACAUUUAACUAAGCCAGAAGUGAUUCCGAUGUAUGCUAUUUUUUUUGUUAUAAAGUACUCUUUUUCCAAAAUUCUAGUUGAGAAUAGUAAGCUUAUUAUAAACAAUGUUGACAAUCUCAUUAUAGUCGUUUCCCAGUUUAUACUUGUUAUACAAAACCUUGCGUUUUUUUCAAGUGGAAAUACUAACCUGUUGGCAACAGUUGAUUUAUCGAACUCUUAUAAUGGAGUCAGAUCUUACAAUUUGGUGAUUGUUGGUUCAUUGACAUUUCUUUCUACGUUUGCUGCUCCAUUGUACUGGUCUCUAAGUUCUCUUCAGCUUCUUUUUGAGACUCAGGUGGUAGGUCUUGAUUUGAAGCAAACCAGCAAUCCCAUUUACCUUUUGCGGUUACGAAAGAGUAUCAUGUUGGUGAAAUCCUUAAUAUCUUUAACCUUUUACUCCAUCGCAGCUACAAGCUUAGUUGCGUCAUGCAUAAACUUACGAUUUCAUUUAUUCAUAUGGACAGUUUUCUCCCCAAAGUUGUUAUAUUUCGCGAGCUGGUCUGUGUUAUUGAAUAUGUUAUUUGAUACACUUAUCGUCGCACUAUCUUUUUUGGGUUGA